CUUCUUUAAUUGUUUGAUAGACAGACAGAGUGACAGACGAUUGAAUUUGUCCCUUCGCCCCUCGACGACGUGGUGGCCGUCUCCUAUUCUUCCUCUUAUUUCUCCUUUCCCCAUAUAAACAAACUUGUACCCAAUUCUCUCUUAUGGCUCUCCAUUCCAAGUGAUUCAACGCAAACCCAAACCCAAAUCUCAACUACCUCUAAUACCAUGGAACAAACACGCGACUCGACCAUUCCGGAGAAGCGCAAGCAGCUGACAGGGCGGCAGGAGAAGCCGUACAGGGGGAUUAGGAUGAGGAAGUGGGGGAAGUGGGUCGCCGAAAUCAGGGAGCCCAACAAGCGGUCUAGGAUUUGGCUUGGUUCUUACACAACCCCCCUCGCUGCCGCUAGAGCCUACGACACCGCCGUCUUCUACCUCAGAGGCCCAUCCGCCCGCCUUAACUUUCCCGACCUCAUCUUACAGGACAUGGACCACCAGCUUCUGGACGUUUCACCUUCUUCAAUUCGCAAAAGAGCUAUUGAGGUGGGUGCCAGAGUGGACGCCGCCGCCAACCGAACUUCUCUCCGGCAAUCGAAACCCAUUUCCGAGAAGCCCGAUUUGAACCAGUUUCCGGAGCCGGAAAGCUCGGAUGAAGAUUGUUGAGUGAGGAUCACUGUUUGAUAGCCUUGUCCACAUAUUUUUCAUGUUUUACCAGCUCUCCCCUGUUCUCCAAAAAGAGGAUGAGGAUGAUGAAAUACGGAAGAAAGAAAAUCAAAUCUUGGGUUGGGGUGGGGUGGGGUGGAAUUUAAAUUGAAACGAACCCAAAGUGGUUCCCCUUUCCCCUUCUUAGUUUGCUAUAUCUUUGAUUAUAGCUUCCAAUUUGUAACAUGGGAGAUGGUAAAGCAAGCUUGUUGAUGGAUCCUUGCUCUGAUUUAUCUUUUUUUUUCUUUUUUGCAUUAUUAAUUUCUUGCGAUUGGUCUGAAUUAGUUUUAUUUUUACAUCUUCCGGGAAAAUGGGUGUUUGAACGGAAGGGAUGAAAAAGGAAGAAGACGAAGAAAA